AUGGCGGCUGUUCCAGCAGCGGCGGAGCAGGGCGAGAUCGAUUUGAUCACCCUUCUUCCCGAUGCGAUCCUCGGCACCAUCAUCUCGCUCCUCCCAACGGACGAUGGCGCGCGGACAACCAUCCUCUCCCGCCGCUGGCGCCACCUGUGGCGCUCCUCCCCGCUCAACCUCGACGACCACGACAUCCGCCGGAAUAAGCGCUGGCAUUACCUCCUCUCGUGCAACCCGCAUAGACUCGACGACAACCGCCGCCGCAAGAACGAGCGCCAGCUUGUCGCUGUCAUCUCCAAGAUCCUAUCCAUGCAUCAGGGUUCCAUCCGCCGCCUCUCCCUCCGCCACAACUACAUCAACGACAUCCACGACAAGGUCAACGGCUGGCUCUUGUCUCCCGCCCUCGGUAACCUCGAGGAGAUCAAUAUCCUCUACCGCGGCGACGAUCCGCUCCCGCUACCCAUGCUCCGCCGCUUCGCACCCACCAUCGAAUCUGCCUCCUUCGACUUCUGCCGCUUCCCUGAGUACGCGCUUUCUUUCCCGCACCUGAAAAGACUCGUCCUCCAGGACGUUACCGUCUCGCAGGACACCCUCCAAGGCCUGAUCUCUGGCUGCUCUGUCCUCGAGACCCUGCUGCUUAACGAUGACCGGUCUGAUGAAAGUGUCAUUCGCCGUGUGCUGAUCAACUCACAGUCUCUCCGGAUCAUCGAGAAUGGCUGCACAGUUGAUGUAGUCAUCGAAAAUGCUCCUCGCUUGGAAAGAUUGAUCACAUUCCAGGGCUAUUAUCAUAUAAAUUACUUUUACACCCCGCUGUUCUUCAGGGUACCCAAGGAACAGAAAGUGGAGAUCUUGAACUCAGUCGGAUACUUCUACAAGGAAGUGGUUAUGGAGAUAUUCAGAACGACAAUGCGCAACGUGACGGUUUUGGUUCUCAAGGCUUCUGGACCUGACCUUGAUGCGGUUAUUGAAUUCCUCAGAUGCUUUCCUUGCCUGACGAAACUGUACAUCACCUCUUCUCUCCGGAUGUGUUCGAAAGAUGAUAAACAUUACAAUCCGCAAGAUCCUAUCGAAUGCCUUGAGCUCCAUCUUAGGGAAGUUGUGCUCAAGAGCUACGAGGGCAAGCAGCCGGAUGUGAAUUUUGCAAAGUUCUUUGUGAAGAAUGCUAAAGUGCUCGAGUUAAUGAAAUUCGGUGUCACCGACAGUUGUACCAAUAAAUGGAGAGCUAAUCAACACAAGCGGCUCCAUCUGGACACUAGGGCGUCUCCAAAUGCUCAAUUUCAUUUUAUAUCUGAUCUUACUUGCGAUAAUUUUGCUUGCUAUGAUGUUCUCUCCGUGCCUGAUCCUUUCGGAGUUAUUGUUGUGUAA